GUUUAAUUUGUGGGGUACAAUUAGCUCGUUAUUGUACCAUGCACAAGUAGAAAAUAAACUCACCAUCAUUUCAUUAUAAAUAAAGGUUGAUCUCUUAAGCUUAUUUCUUCACACAACACAUACAUACAUACAUUGAAAACAAAGUAGUAAUAAUCAUCAUGGCUAAGUUUGCUUCCAUCAUCACCUUUAUCUACGCUGCUCUUGUUCUCUUUGCAGCUUUUGAAGUACCAACAAUGGUGGAAGCACAGAAGUUGUGCGAGAAGCCAAGUGGUACUUGGUCAGGAGUUUGCGGAAACAGCAAUGCAUGCAAGAAUCAGUGCAUUAACCUUGAAGGAGCAAAACAUGGAUCUUGCAACUAUGUCUUCCCAGCUCACAAGUGUAUCUGUUACGUCCCAUGUUAAUUUACCAAUUUUCUUUGGUUCUUUAUCGAUGUGUAUUUAUAUUUUUAAAAAUAAGUCUGUGUCAUUCUAUGAGUGACUUAAGGCAUGCAUGUUUAUGUUUUAAUGUUUGGUGUGACUUUUCUAUAAAAAUAUAAAAUUUAAGUACGACGUAGGACUUUUUUCUUGUCCAUAUUUGGUUACAACACGACCAUUAUACAUACUAUUUUUU